CGAUUGACGUAGUGAACUCUGGCGAGAAAUGGAUAAACUAAAAUCGGUCAAUCAGUUCAAAAUGGGUACUUCGGGUAGAUCGUUCUUGAAGGAAACGAUUGUUCCCACUUAUCAAAAAUUAUUUGCGGAAUGGAAUAAAACACCCCCCAAUUUAGCCGUCUGUCAAAGAUUGUUAAACGCAAUCGAGGUUGAAUUGACAAAUAUAUCUUUCUUGCCAACAUCUCAAACUUCAAUUGAUAAACAAGAGCUGCUUAUUACACGUGACACUUUGGAAAUCGGAGCCAGAUUGAGCAUUGCCACGGCCGACAUUCCGUCAUUCGAGCGUUACAUGGCACAAUUGAAAUGUUACUAUUUUGAUUAUCAGAAUGAUGUUCCAGAUUCAAAUUACAAGUAUCAUCUUCUGGGUCUGAAUCUUCUUCGCUUGUUAGCUCAAAACAGAAUGGCUGAAUUCCACAUGGAAUUAGAACUUUUGCCGUUUCGUGAGCUCCAAAAUAUUUACAUUCGACAUCCCGUAUCUCUAGAACAGUAUUUGAUGGAGGGUAGUUAUAAUAAGAUAUUCUUAUCGAGAGGAAAUGUUCCAGCCAAUGACUACAAGUUUUUCAUGGACAUAUUACUGAAUACAGUCAGAAAUGAGAUUGCAAGUUGUAUCGAGAAGGCUUACGAACAGUUGGCUUUUACUGAAGCGAGAAGGAUGCUGUUUUUUGAAACACAAGACAAAAUGGAGGAAUAUGCUAGAGAGAGAGGGUGGAAAAUGGACAGAGACAACCGUUUCGUGUUCAUCAUGGAAGUGAAGCAGUCUGACACGAACAUCCCGGCCUCGGAGCUCGCGUCCCAAACUAUACAGUACGCCAGAGAGCUAGAGAAGAUCGUGUAACGCAAAUUUUUUUUAUUUCUUACAAAUAAAAGUUUUGUUCUAAUUUAAA